AUGCCGUGGAAGAAGGAGAAAGAUCAAGAUUCUAGCGACCUGGAGGAGACGGAUACCGAAGAUUCCAGCAAGAAGACGCGCAAGAACCCAAACAUCACCCUGUGGUCGCAGGUAAGAGCUGUGUUCGGAAGCUGGAUCAACCUCUUGCUCGUGUUUGUCCCGGCGGGCAUCGCUUUGCACUUCUCCGGCGUGAACAGAGUGGUGGUGUUUGUUAUCAACUUCAUCGCCAUCAUUCCCCUGGCUGGGAUGCUCGCCUACGCCACCGAGGAACUGGCCCUGUACAUCGGAGAGGUUCUCGGCGGAUUGCUCAACGCCUCCUUCGGAAACGCCGUGGAGCUCAUCGUCGGUGUCAUCGCGCUCGCCCAGGGCAAGAUCCUGAUUGUCAAGACUUCGCUCAUCGGCAGUAUGCUCUCCAACCUACUCCUGGUCCUGGGCAUGUGUUUCUUCUUUGGAGGCCUCCGUCGUGUCGAGCAGUUCUUCAACGUCACCGUCGCGCAAACCGCCGCAUCCCUCCUCGCUCUCGCUACCGGCAGUCUCAUCAUCCCCACUGCGUUCAAGAUGUUCGCCUCGAACGACAGCGGAGUCGCACCAAGCUCCCGCGGCACUGCAGUGCUCCUGCUUGUUACAUAUGCAUGUUACCUGUACUUUCAGCUCUCCACUCACUCGGAAAUGUACAAUGCGCCCUCCGCGAAGUCGCCCAAGAAGCCCUCCGGCCGCAAAUCCGAAGGAGACGCCAAGCGCGCAUUUGCCACGAUCGGCGGUCGAUCGGCGGGCACCUCCGGUGGCCAGGUCAACCAAGAGAACCUGGUCCACGACGAGGAGAAAGACGAUGGCGAAAUUCCGCAGCUCACUCGUCUCGGCGCCCUCAUCACCCUCGCCGGCACCACCGUACUUGUGGCCCUCUGCGCCGAAUUCAUGGUCAGCGCUAUCGAUGCUGUUGCUGGCUCUGUAUCACCGGAGUUCAUCGGUCUGAUCCUUCUGCCCAUCGUCGGCAAUGCCGCCGAGCACGCUACGGCCGUCACCGUCGCCAUCAAGGACAAGAUGGAUCUCGCGAUUGGCGUCGCAGUCGGCUCCAGUCUACAAAUCGCCCUGCUCGUCUUGCCGCUCAUGGUCAUGCUGAGCUGGUGGGGCGUUGGAGCCGGCAAGUCGCCUGAGCCGAUGACGCUGAGCUUCGACGGGUUCCAGAUUAUCGUGUUGUUUGUUGCGGUUAUUGUGGUGAACUACUUGAUCCAGGAUGGAAAGUCCCAUUGGUUGGAGGGCGUGAUGUUGCAGAUCACCUACCUAAUCAUUGCACUCUCGGCAUGGUUCUACCCUGUCUCAGCAGAGCUGGCUUAG